AUGUCCAACUGCACAGAAGAAUUAACCAGUUGUAUAGCCAACCUUACACUGGUCACUGACCAGCUGGCUGCCCUACAAUCAUCAUAUGACGCACUGUUACCAGAGGACGAGUGCGCCGCCGGAACCGAUUCAAACUACACCAAACCACUACACAUAGCCGCAGUCUUUAUCAUCCUGGCCGCAUCAUUCCUGGGCACACUGAUCCCCGUGGUCUCUGCCCGUCUCAAGUUCCUCAGCAUUCAUCCAUUCUUUAUCAUCAUUGGCAAGUGCAUGGGCAUUGGUGUGUUGCUGGCCGUCGCUCUGAUACACAUGUUGGUUCCAGCCAACGAAUCACUGUCAUCGCCUUGCAUCCCCGUGGGCUGGACCGAGUACCCAUACGCCAUGCUCUUUGCACUGCUGGGCAUCCUCAUCCUACAAUGCUUCGACUUUGUCAUUGGCCAAUACAUUCAAUCACGCGCACUCAAGAAGCGCAGCAAGCAGAUGGACAAGCAACAGACCCCCAACGGUGCCACCGACGAGCACUUUGAGAUGGGCGUCGAUACAACUGGUCAUGGACACGGCCACGCCCACGGCGUCGUUCUGUCAAACAAGGACAUGAAGACCGUCGAGGCCUAUUUGCUCGAGUUUGGCGUCACUGUUCACAGCGUUUUUGUUGGUCUCACUGUUGGCGUCGUCGACGACGGUUCACUCAAGACCCUACUCAUUGCCCUCGUUUUCCAUCAGUUCUUUGAAGGUCUGGCACUGGGCUCCCGCAUCAGCGAGGCCAAGCUAAAGUCCCGUAUUCAAGAGUUGGUCCUCAUGCUCAUCUUCUCUGUGUCUGCACCAUUGGGCAUCGGCAUUGGCAUUGGAAUCGCCUCACAACUCAAUCCAAAUGGCGAGACUUUCCUCCUGGUGCAGGGCAUACUCGAUGGUCUCUGUGCUGGUGUUUUACUCUACAUUGGCUUCUGUUUGCUGCUGAAGGACUUCCCCGAGGACGUCGAGAAGCACUGCAAGGACAGGAAGUACGAGCCAUUGAUGAAGGCUGGUAUGUUCUGGGCCAUGUGGAUUGGUGCCGGUAUCUUGGCUUUCAUUGGCAGGUACCUCUAG